AGAGAGAAAGCAAGAGAGGGAGGGAGAUGGAGAGAGAGAGUAUAACUUUGGGAAUCCUCAGAGGCAGCAUAGGGAACAAACUUUUCUCUCUUGGCUGCUUACUUUUGGACUUUCUCACAUUUCAUCAAAGACCUCAGUGUUCACAGAGUGAAGACAAGGGAUGAUAAUUUGUUUGCUUUCCUAGUUAAAGAGUUAUUUAUCUGUUUUUGUGAUCAUCAGAGAUUACUUUGUUUUGUCGUUCUUUGCAUUUUUAUCUAAUUAUUGCUUUACUGUCGGAGCUUUGAAGAAAGGCGUUACCACACAUCAGAAAUCCCUCCAAACUUGGGACUCUCCAGCUCAUGGGAGUGUGAAGCUGGACUGAAACACACACACACAUAUAUAUACACACACACCUGUUGUUGCUGAGGAUUCCCCGGGAGCUCAGUCAUGGGCAUCUGCGUCACUGUUGCUUGAGAGAAUCUGUGCGUCUGUGCAGCUGUUAUCUGGUGGUGGCCUCGGUGAAUGUUACAGUAGACGUUGACCUGAUUGUCCAGGGUAGAGGAGGGAGAUGUCAACCUACUACCCGCGCAGCAAGGAUCUGACUCGCACCAGGAAGUCAGUGACAGAUUCACCACCGGCCUCUCCAUCCCCUACAGAGAAAAGCUACAGACAUGAGAGACUGUCAAGAUAUGACUCCACUGGAGAGAGUGUGACAGACAAACCACUGGGCAGAACCAGCUCCUACACACGGAGAGAGACGAGGCUGGCCGCGCUGAAUAAACAGGAGCAAGACUCCACCACCAAAGAUUACAAGAAGAUGUACACGGAAGCCUUGCACGAGAAUGAACGUCUCAAGUCCAGGUUACAGGACAGCAAACAAGAACUGGCUAAGAUUCGUUCCCAGCUGGAGAAAGUCACUCAGAGGCACGACAGAAUAUCAGAGAGAUCUACUGUACUUGAAUCAGAGAAAAGGGAAAAACAGGCUCUGGAGAAAAAAGUGUCAGGCAUGGAGGAGGAGUUAAAGAUCUUAACAGAGCUCAAGUCAGACAACCAGAGGCUAAAGGAUGAGAACGGAGCUCUCAUUCGAGUCAUCAGCAAACUGUCCAAAUGAAAAGAUGUCUGAAUCACAACCUGAAGCUCCUGUUCUGUGUCUGUGGACACUCCAACCCUGAUAUGGCAGUUUAAUUAUUCAUGAUGUCCCAAGUUCUGACACCUCUGAAGGGCCACUUUGGCUGAAGAUCCUGAUACAGUAAUUCCUGUUGGGACUUGUGAAGAUCCAAAGAGUUUCAGUCAAAUUUUACCAAGCGUGUGAAGGAGUUACAAUAAUAAUUUCUACUUGAUUAGUUUUUAUUUUCUUUAAAUAUAUAGGGACCACAUGUACUGUUUGAAUGACAUUUUUAGGCCCAAUUCAAACAAAUCCAGGGGUUUGCAUGAAGAUACUGUAUCUAAUAUUAUACCCACACUUCACAUCCACACAUCACGUUUGUUGCUACAUUGUGCACUGCAGAUAAGUAUUUUACUGUCGUCCUAAUUAUGAAGUAGAGAGAAGCUGAUUUUGUCAUUAAGAAUGUUUUUUUCAUACUACUGAAAUAAUCAUCCCAUACCUGGAUUACUCACAGGAAAAAAGUGUGGUAGAAGCAUCAAAUUCCCCAAAAGUCACAGUCUGGCAUGAAUAAAUAAAGACUGAAACAUCUUUAUAAUAUCAGAAUAUACAGCUAUGUCGGUAAAAUGAAGCCCAGGCCGGCAACAAACAGGGGCUCCAGUUCCAGAGACAUAAACUGGUUAUUGAUAUGAUUCUCUAGAGGCAUCUGAGAAGCAACCAUUAAUGCCACUAAAGAAGAUUUAGCUCUUUUAAUGGCAACUGGAGGUUUCCUUAAAACCAAGACUGUGUUGAAGUGAAGAAGAGAAUCUCCAGCUUCUCUCAUACAUUUUAAUAAAAGAUGUUAGGGUUGCUGAUUUCACAAAUGGAAUUUUGAAAAUAUUUGCUCGAUUAGAGAGAUAUUAAGGUAAUAAGUUAUAAAGAUAAUGAGAUGCAGGUUUUGCUCAGCUGUGCUUCCUCAUCUCCCCCUCGGCACCUCUCAAAUCUGGAUUUUACAGCUCCAGGUCGUAAACUGUAAACCCAAAACUUCCCGUUAGGAACAUCGGUGACAUCAUAAAAACAACAUCCAUGUUUUUCUACAGUUGUCUAACACACACUUAUGCACCAGUGUAUAAGGGCUCUGGGAUAUACUUGCAUAUAUAUAUACAUUGACAACAGCCUCCUGCAGACCUGCAAACCAAUUCCAAAAGGUUAGAUAACUUUUUGGGACAUGUCAUUACAAUCUGUAGCAUUUUGAAAAUGAAAUUAUACUAGUUUUUGAGAAAUGUUUGUUUAUCUAACAUAUGAUAGUGUCCUUACUGUAUUUGGUAUAUGAAGAGGACUGAGUACAUGCACUUUGUACAGACUGAACAGUGCUGAGUUUUAAUCACUUGUGCAUCAUCGCCAGCACUGUAUUACCUUCAGAAUGGUUCAGUUUUCAUGAGUACAUAACUUAAUGUUGUCAGUUCUCUGUGUGGUUUCAGUAGCCAUGCUUCAUUUUUUUGUUUAUAUCCUUUAUAGAGGAUUUUUUUUUUUUUUUUUUUUUUUUAAAUACCAUCUUCAAAACAGCAGAAUGGCUAAACAGAGGAGACAGUCUGAGUGUGUGUGAAAGAAAAUGUCCUAUGUUAUGUUUUGUAAUAGAGAUAUAUUUAUUUAUUUAUGCAUUUCAUAGUUUUCAUCUUUAUACUUUGUUUACUCAAUUUUCUUUUUAAAGGAAUACACCAAUUAUUCUGGCUGACCUGACGGCAAUCUUUUUGUUGUGAUGAAAACACUAACACCAAAAUCAUCCAUUUAGUCCCUUGGAGAUGUUUUUAUUUUUUAGCUUACAGAAUAUUGCGUGUGAUUUUAAACAUCAAGCACAAAUUCAAAGUAACCGGUUUUUAGGAGUAAGUUUCUUGUAGUUUUCAGUAUAGGUGCUGUACAUACAUUUUGAACAGAACUGUGUUGUGCAUAUGAUAUUUUCACGACAAACUGAGUUAAAUUAAUUAUUGUCUAAAUACACUGAGUUGGCAGUUUAUCAGGUACACCUAGCUACAUCUAAUAGGAUCCAAUAUGACAGCUCGUCAGUUUUUGUUCUAGUCAUAUUUACUGGUGCUAUUGCAUUAAUUUGAAAGAUUUUUCAAUAUUUGGGUUACACAAAAUAUUUGAAAAGUUAAAAAUGUUCAUUAGUUUGUCUAAUUAGCAUAAGAAAUAAAAAAUAAAAAACCAAGAAAGUGGCCAGUGUCUUGUAGUUGUACAGUACCUCAUGCUGCAUACCCAUUGUGCUAUCACUUUCACUUUAUCCUAAAAGUUUAAAAGGAAGGCAGAUAAAGUCAUCCAGUUCAAACCAGUGUUUUAUUUAUGUUCCAAAUCAUAUUUAAUGUAUGAAACUGCCAAUCUCAGCUUCUUACUGAAAACUCCUUUAGCUGUAGAGCUGCUACGAGUGCCAGAGACAUGAAUGAUUUUGAUGUCUGUCUUCUCUUCACUUCAUGGUUGACUUGAUGCAUUCCUUUCACAAUGUGAUGGUUUUUGGAGUCCAAACGGGGCAGCAUGUUGUAACACCAGUGUUAUCUUUGGUCACAUCCAGUAAACUGAUUUACUCAAAACUAAAAAUAAGAUGCAGUAUGUGUCAGCUAUUUCUACAUGUGCUGUAGAUAUAUUGAACUAUGCAGUAUAUUCUAUUUAAAAGUUUGAAAUGUGUUGAAUGAUAGCUUAAUAUGCACAUAUUGGUUUAUUCACUUUGCUUAAUAAACUGUAAAGGGAUGAAA